AUUUGUUCUUCUUUGCGCAGAUAUAUCUCUUUCAUCUCUGAGUGUCUCCUUUCUCUUACCCGUGUGAGGAGCCCCACCAAGAGCAGGAGACGUGAAGAAAGCGGGCGGAGCCUGGUGACAUCAGAGAGCAGACAUGUGGGCUGUGAUCAGAAUGCGCACUUUUCGCAGAUCUACUCGGAACGCUGUUUCUAGAAUGAGAAAACCAAAGCCAAGAGCAUCAGCGAAGCAACGAUCUUUGGAGAGGCACUUUGGCUCCCGGCAACCCACCAAAAACAAAUUUCUCAACGCAAUCUACUGGGGAAUACGUCGAUGUCAGUAUUUUUUGUGCUGCUACGAUGAUGAGGUGGAAGAUGAAUUGGAGGAUGCGUCAGCAAACCCUUUCAAUACACAACCUCCAGGCCUUGAUCAGCUAGUUCAGUUGACUGGGUUCAAUCGGAAGUGGAUCAUGUUUAUGUAUAGGAAUUUUAAGCAGAAAUGCUCAAACGGCCGAAUGACAGACUCCCAGUGGCGUAUACUAUUCAGGAGUAUCUUCCCACAAGCCAACGACUCUGCAUUCAUUGAUCGGCUCUAUGCAGCAAUUGUGAAGAAGAAGCAGCACCCGCAGAUCACUUUUGAGGACCUUAUCCUUUGUCUCUGGGAACUAUCCGAGGACGGGAAGACUUCGGAAAUGGGAAAUUAUCAUAUCAAUUCAUCGGCUCGGGCUCAAUUCGCCUUUCAGCUGAUGGAUGAGGAGGGGAAGGGACGAGUCGAUGAGCCCGGUUUCUACAAGUAUACCCGUUGCGUUUUCGCAUUGACAGCUGUGAACAAACCAUGCACUGACCAAAUUAUAGAUGCCUCGACUAUUGGUUUGCCAGCCAGUAGCAUUUAUCGAUCUACAUCGGUGGAUGACGUCUUGAAACCAAUGUCUCCGUUGAUUGCGAGGUUUUCCUCGAAAAGAUUCAAGGAACUCGAUACAGACCGCGACGGGUUCAUCACAGUGAGAGAUAUUGAGCGAGAACUUGAAAUUCAAAAAAACGAGGCGAUUUGUCUGAAAUCGCUGAAAGAUUUUUCAUUUGAAGAUCUGAAAAAUGAAGAAGACGAUGAUGAUGAAGACGAUCAGGACACUAAUCCACUGCUAUCUGAGAGUAGCAGCUUCAAGAAAGACGUCUGAGCUGGAGUUUUUCUUGAAAACUCGAAAAAAUUCCAAAUUUUGUCUUUUCUAUAUGUAUGUAUUUAUUUUUGUAUCCGCAUAUCAAUAAACAUUAUUAUCUUCC